CCACAAGGUGGCUCCCGAGGAGGGAGGUCACGUGAUGGUUUCAAUAUGGCGGCGCCGUGUUGCUGUCUAGCCUCAACACCUCCACCUCUGAGGGAAUCGCGCGUCUUCCGGCUCAUGGAGUUCCUCUGCGGCCGGAACCUCUGAGCGCCGAUCCCGCUCCGGUAAGGGCAGGCCGGGACGAAGAUCUUUCUAAGUGCAAGAAGGCCAUGCAGUUCCCGGCCCGCGAGGAGAACACUCGCACGAAGAGUAUGUUCGUCUCACGGGCCCUGGAGAAAAUCCUCUCCGAGAAGGAGGUGAGGCGUCCCCCUCACGGACAGCUGAGGAGAGCCUGUCAAGUGGCACUUGAUGAAAUAAAAGCAGAAUUAGAAGAACAAAGCCAAGGCAGCGAAACCAUACCAAAAGCAAACUUCAUUGAAGCUGAUAAAUAUUUUCUCCCAUUUGAGUUGGCCUGUCAAUCAAAAUCUCCACGGAUUGUCAGCACCUCUUUGGAUUGUUUACAGAAACUCAUUGCUUAUGGACAUAUCACUGGCAAUGCUCCAGACAGUGGAGCUCCUGGAAAGCGCCUGAUUGACCGCAUAGUUGAAACAGUAUGCAACUGCUUUCAGGGUCCUCAGACUGAUGAAGGAGUACAGUUACAAAUAAUAAAGGCUCUUCUCACUGCUGUCACAUCUCCAUAUAUAGAAAUUCAUGAAGGAACAAUUCUUCAGACUGUUAGAACAUGUUAUAACAUCUACUUGGCCAGUAAAAAUCUCAUUAAUCAAACAACUGCCAAGGCUACUCUCACUCAAAUGCUGAAUGUCAUUUUCACACGGAUGGAAAACCAGGCUAUACAAGAGACAAGAGAACUAGAAAAAUCAAAUCAACAAAAACCCCAGUCUCCUAUGAUUCAUACCAUGUCAGGGUCUCCUAAAUUUGGCCGAUUGAAAUAUAGUCAACAAGAAAGCAAACCCUCAACUCCUGUGAAAGCAGACUUGACUAAUGGAGAGCCUGAAAAAAAAGAAAAUGGAGAUGACAAACCACAGGAUGAUUCCACUUCUGCAGUACUUGAAGAAGAAACUGAAGGAGGCAAAGAAAUUGUUAAAGAAAUCUUGGAGGAUGUGGUCACUUCAGCGGUUAGAGCCUCUUUAGACGAAGAACUUCUGAAGCAAAGUCUGCCUGAAUCAAGUAGGAUUUUGUCUGAGCUGGGAACUGCAGUUCUUGCUUCUCCAGGUGGCAGUCAUGAAAAUCAGCAAGCAAAUGGAAUUUCAGAUGAUAGACAGUCUGUCUCCUCCACAGAUAAUCUGGAAACUGAUGUCCCUGGGCCUCAGACAGCUGCCAAGUUCUCCCAUAUCCUUCAGAAAGAUGCCUUUCUUGUAUUCCGGUCAUUGUGCAAACUUUCAAUGAAACCACUUGGUGAUGGGCCUCCAGAUCCAAAAUCUCACGAAUUGCGCUCUAAAAUAGUAUCACUUCAGCUGCUGCUUUCGGUUUUGCAAAAUGCUGGUCCAGUCUUCAGGACACAUGAAAUGUUUAUAAAUGCAAUCAAGCAAUACCUUUGUGUAGCAUUGUCUAAAAACGGAGUGUCUUCUGUUCCUGAUGUGUUUGAGCUUUCUCUUGCAAUCUUCCUUACCCUUCUUUCAAAUUUUAAGAUUCACUUAAAAAUGCAAAUUGAGGUGUUUUUCAAAGAGAUCUUCCUGAACAUUUUAGAAACUUCCAGUAGCUCUUUUGAGCACAAGUGGAUGGUUAUUCAGACUCUGACUAGGAUUUCUGCAGAUGCCCAGUGUGUAGUGGACAUAUAUGUUAACUAUGACUGUGACUUGAAUGCUGCUAAUAUCUUUGAACGGCUUGUAAAUGAUUUAUCUAAAAUUGCACAAGGACGUAGUGGACAUGAGUUAGGCAUGACACCACUACAGGAACUAAGUCUAAGGAAGAAAGGUCUUGAAUGUUUGGUCUCUAUUUUAAAGUGCAUGGUUGAAUGGAGCAAGGACCUAUAUGUGAAUCCAAAUCAUCAAGCCAGCCUUGGCCCAGAUAAACCUUCAGACCAAGAAAUAGGGGAAGGAAGAUGUUUGGAAAUUGGAGGGCGAAGAAGCAGUGCAAGUUCUUUAGAUUCAACUGUAUCCUCAGGAAUUGGGAGUGUUGGUAUGCAGUCUGCUCUUGUUGAUGAUCCAGAACAAUGUGAGGUCAUCAAGCAACAAAAGGAGAUAAUUGAACAUGGGAUUGAACUAUUUAACAAGAAAGCCAAGAGAGGACUACAAUAUUUGCAAGAACAGGGAAUGCUUGGAGAAACAGCUGAAGACAUAGCACAGUUUUUUCAUCAAGAAGAGCGCCUGUGUUAUAGCCAAGUGGGAGAAUUUCUGGGGGAUAGUAACAAAUUUAACAAGGAGGUGAUGUAUGGCUAUGUAGACCUGCUUGAUUUCUGUGGAAAGGACUUUGUCUCUGCUUUACGCAUAUUUCUGGAAGGAUUUCGGUUACCUGGUGAAGCUCAGAAGAUUGACAGACUAAUGGAAAAGUUUGCUGCUAGAUAUAUUGAAUGCAACCAAGGCCAAACUCUCUUUGCCAGUGCCGACACUGCUUAUGUUUUAGCAUAUUCUAUUAUAAUGCUGACAACAGACCUGCAUAGCCCUCAGGUAAAGAAUAAGAUGACAAAAGAACAAUACAUUAAAAUGAACCGUGGGAUCAAUGAUAGCAAAGAUCUUCCAGAAGAAUAUCUGUCUACAAUUUAUGAUGAAAUUGAAGGAAAGAAGAUUGCAAUGAAGGACACAAAAGAAUAUUCAAUCACAACCAAAUCUACUAAACCGAGUGUAGCCAAUGAGAAGCAGCGACGGUUGUUAUACAAUCUAGAAAUGGAACAAAUGGCAAAGACUGCGAAAGCCCUCAUGGAGGCAGUAAGCCAUGCAAAGGCACCCUUUACUAGUGCAACCCAUCUGGAUCAUGUCAGACCUAUGUUCAAACUUGUAUGGACUCCAUUACUUGCUGCUUAUAGUGUUGGUCUUCAGAACUGUGAUGAUACUGAAGUGGCCUCAUUAUGCUUAGAAGGAAUACGAUGUGCUAUCCGAAUAGCCUGCAUUUUUGGCAUGCAGCUUGAGCGAGAUGCUUAUGUUCAGGCACUUGCUCGCUUUUCCUUGUUGACUGCCAGCUCCAGCAUCACAGAAAUGAAGCAGAAGAACAUAGAUACAAUUAAAACACUUAUUACAGUGGCACACACUGAUGGCAAUUAUCUGGGAAAUUCUUGGCAUGAGAUUCUAAAAUGCAUCAGCCAGCUGGAGUUAGCACAGCUGAUAGGAACUGGAGUUAAAACACGCUACCUCUCUGGGUCUGGUCGUGAGAGGGAAGGGAGUCUCAAAGGUUUCACAUCUGGAGGAGAAGAUUUCAUGGGACUUGGACUGGGUAACUUUGUUGGUGGAAGUGUUGAUAGAAGACAAAUAGCCUGCAUUCAGGAAUCUGUGGGAGAAACCAGUUCUCAAAGUGUGGUGGUAGCAGUGGACAGGAUAUUCACUGGUUCUACUAGACUAGAUGGAAAUGCUAUAGUUGACUUUGUUCGAUGGCUGUGUGCGGUUUCCAUGGAUGAGUUGGCUUCCCCUCACCAUCCCCGAAUGUUUAGCUUACAGAAAAUAGUUGAAAUCUCCUAUUAUAACAUGAAUAGAAUUAGACUGCAGUGGUCCAGAAUAUGGCAUGUAAUUGGAGAUCACUUUAACAAGGUUGGCUGCAAUCCUAAUGAAGAUGUGGCAAUUUUUGCAGUUGAUUCUUUGAGGCAACUGUCCAUGAAGUUUCUUGAAAAGGGGGAGUUAGCCAAUUUUCGAUUUCAGAAAGACUUUUUGAGGCCUUUUGAGCAUAUCAUGAAGAAGAACAGAUCCCCAACUAUUCGGGACAUGGUAAUACGCUGUAUUACUCAGAUGGUGAACUCUCAAGCUGCUAAUAUUCGCUCAGGGUGGAAAAAUAUGUUUGCAGUGUUUCAUCAAGCAGCAUCUGAUCAUGAUGGGAAUAUUGUGGAGUUGGCAUUCCAGACAGCAGCACAUAUAGUUACUACUAUCUUUCAACAGCAUUUUCCUGCAGCCAUAGAUUCAUUCCAGGAUGCUGUCAAAUGUUUAUCAGAGUUUGCCUGCAACGCUGCCUUUCCAGAUACCAGUAUGGAAGCAAUUAGACUUAUUCGUUACUGUGCAAAAUAUGUUUCUGAAAGACCACAGGUUUUGAGAGAAUAUACAAGUGAUGACAUGAAUGUAGCAACUGGAGACAGGGUUUGGGUUAGAGGAUGGUUCCCUAUUUUGUUCGAACUUUCUUGUAUCAUCAAUCGGUGCAAGCUAGAUGUGCGGACAAGGGGUCUAACAGUUAUGUUUGAAAUCAUGAAGAGCUAUGGCCAAACAUUUGAAAAGCACUGGUGGCAAGAUCUAUUUCGAAUUGUAUUUAGAAUAUUUGACAACAUGAAGCUUCCAGAGCUGCAAACAGAGAAAUCUGAAUGGAUGACUACUACCUGUAAUCAUGCACUUUAUGCAAUCUGUGAUGUAUUUACCCAGUUCUAUGAAGCUCUGAAUGAAAUUCUUCUUGCUGACAUAUUUACACAGUUACACUGGUGUGUAAAACAAGACAAUGAACAGUUGGCUCGAUCAGGUACGAACUGCUUAGAAAGUCUGGUAAUAUUAAAUGGGGAAAAAUUCAGUCCUGAAGUUUGGGACCAAACCUGCAAUUGUAUGCUAGACAUCUUCAAAACUACCAUUCCUCAUGUUUUGCUGACAUGGAGGCCAGCAGGGAUGGAAGAUGAUUCAUCUGAAAAACACCUGGAGGUAGACCUGGAUCGCCAGUCUUUAAGUAGUAAAAAUGCUUCAGAAAGAGGGCAGAGCCAGUUUUCAAAUCCCACAGAUGACAGCUGGAAAGGAGGCCCUUAUUCAAACCAAAAACUCUUUGCCAGCCUCCUCAUAAAAUGUGUGGUCCAGCUGGAAUUGAUUCAGACAAUUGACAAUAUAGUAUUUUACCCAGCAACAAGUAAGAAAGAAGAUGCUGAACAUUUGGCUGCUGCUCAGAGGGACACACUAGAUACAGAUAUACAUAUUGACACUGAAGACCAGGGAAUGUACAAAUUCAUGUCUUCCCAACAUCUGUUCAAGUUACUGGAUUGUCUGCAAGAGUCCCAUUCAUUUUCAAAAGCUUUCAACUCAAAUUACGAACAAAGGACCGUCCUAUGGAGGGCAGGGUUCAAGGGCAAAUCAAAGCCCAAUCUUUUAAAACAAGAGACCAGCAGUUUGGCUUGUUGCCUAAGAAUUCUCUUCCGAAUGUAUGUUGAUGAAAACCGCAGAGAUUCCUGGGAAGCUAUACAAGAGAGGCUCCUGAAUGUGUGCAGUGAAGCUUUGGCCUAUUUUAUCACUGUGAAUUCUGAAAGCCAUCGAGAGGCUUGGACCAAUCUCUUGUUGCUACUUUUAACAAAAACACUAAAAGUCAGUGAUGAAAAGUUUAAAGCACACGCAUCAACAUAUUACCCCUAUUUAUGUGAAAUAAUGCAGUUUGAUCUGAUCCCAGAACUCCGAGCUGUGCUGAGGAAGUUUUUCCUGCGCAUUGGUGUAGUGUUCAGAGUUUGGAUUCCUGAAGAACACUUGCGAACAACAGGGACUCAAUCCCUUGCAUGGUAGUUCUGUGACUGCUGUUUACCAAAGCUUGAAUAAUGCUCAGUUCACUGAAUGAAAGCAUAAACAAAGCAAAGAAAAAACGAUAGGUCUCCAAAGAAAAAGAAACUACAAUAAUCUGAACAGCAGGGUUAUAUUGGUCAAUCUGGUAUUUCUGAAGGCUCUUUCAUUACUACUAUAGUUCUGGCUGUCCUAUAGAAAUAGCUGUUCACAUUUGACAACUUAUUGCAGUAAAUGUCAAGUCAUUCUUACCAUUCAGCUUGUCUGUUCAAAUUGAUUUUGCAGUAGUUCCCUCUUAAUACCUUCCAGCUGUUUGCUUAUAAGCUGUUGGAAAUGAUGAAUGAAAACCCUUUAUAUAAGUCUGUGAUGCUAGCAAUUGUAUUAAUAAAUAUUUGAGAAGAUGAAAAUUUAUUUGAAAAUUGGCUGGAGCGUUUCUCCACCAAGGAUGCAUACAGUUGAAAAUGACUUGGUGCUGUCUCUUCUUUCAAUACAGAUUUGAAUGAUUUGGUGCUGUCUAUUGUGUAUAUCUGUAGCAAGAUGGUGACUAGGCAGUAAUAUACGUAGUCACCCAGUUAAAAUCCAAAGCAGUCUUAUCUCCAUCUCCCUUUUUGCUAAUUCUGCCAUACGUUGCAGAAUGUAAAUGGUAAACCAUCUUCAGAGCAGCACUGUAUUUUCUCUAGGACUGAUAAUUUUUCAUCAUAUGAAAAUUGCCUUGUUACUGGGUUACUAUCAAUAAAGCAAUCUGCAAAAUGUAUUAUGAAGGAAACACUCUCCCCAGAAACUGUAGGAGAAAACCAAUUCACACUGCCUUUUAAUUAUUUUAUCUCUCAUGACUUGAAUGUUUGAGUAGUUUGAAAGCUUUGAAAAAUGCUUCUGAUUCUUAAUCUCUAAUGAUUAUUAAAUAUUAAGCAAAUGACAAACUCAAAUUCUUUGAUUAAUUUUGAAGUGCACAUUGAAUAAAUCAAAAUUUAUACUCGUAUUUCCCUUUUGGAGUAAUGUAUAGAUUAACAUUUGGGUAGAAACUGUGUAUCUUCAAUGUGUUUUCAGAUAUUUCUAUUUUUGCUGCUGAACUGUGAGUUAUGGUUGUUUUAAUGGCUUGGUUAAUGCUUUAUUAUUAUAAGUUGUAUAAGACAGGGGAGUCUGGUUCCUAUUGGAACCACUUGAUUUAUUAAUAUAAGUGCACAUAUACUUGUAAAGAAACCUGCUUUCUGGGGCCAGUAGGAAGCAAAGUCACCGCUCUAUGCUAUUGGCUCUUCUGAAUUUGGGUCCAAGGAGGGAUUUUAAUAUUAUAAUUAUUAUAAGACUAAGUCUUACUAUUCUUGGCCCAAUAAAAAAUAGUUUUGUAAGAUAUGGCAGGCAAAUUCUGUAUAGUUGUAAUAAUGUAAUGGUUUCUACAAGAGGGCAGGAAGGAGGUAAUUUCUGUCCAAAUGUAUUAAAAUGCAAAAGUAUUAAAUAUACUUUUUCUUCUGAUUGGCAAAUAUGAACUGUAAGGUGUUAGUGAAGUGGGGAGCAGGAAGACAUGAUACGUGGGUGAUACGCAGCCCUAAGGAAAAGUCCUGAAAAGGUUCGAUCCAAGGUGACAAGUGUGAUGAAGACAGUGAAACUUCUAGCGCUGUAAAUUGAAUCUGGCUACUAACACUGUUAUCAUCGUUACAAUUAGGGAGGAGCUAUGGCAGGAUUUUCUUUUAAACACUAGUGCGCUAUCUCAAAGAGUUUCAGUAAUAAAGCGGUAUAAGUUUUGGGCUUUUUUUUUUUUUUUUUUUUGGCACUUCGCAGACAUAAAAAGUUUCGGACAUUUUAAUUUCUCUACCAAAGACUUUUGUACAUAGCAAGUGAAAAAUAUUGUUUUCUGUGAAAUAUGUUGGAAAACAUAUAAACAGUUCAUUAGAAAGGAUUGUAAUAAAAUAGCUUACUUAUUUAGUUAUUUAUGUUUGCAGUGAAAAGUUGGAUUUCACUGUGUGCAGAAAAAAAGUUAUUUAUUUUUAUAUCCUGUUAUUUUAAUCCUUUUACUGACCAGAAUUCUUCUUUAAUUGGACUGCUUUUCCCCAUUUCUAUAAUUCUGAUGUCAAUAUGUUCUGCAAAUACAGCGUGGUCUUCCCCCCCACCCCUUAAAUGUUUUCUGUUCAGAUGUGCACCUCUUUGACUUCAUUAAAGAAGCAUGGCAACACUGCAAGUAAUGUUUAGAACCUGAAUAAAAAGUGCAAUAUCCAUAGGGUUUAAAAUAGUUAUCUUCCAAAGUUUUGCAAUGUAAAGCACUGUGAAGAAGCUUCUUUUGUGUGAUCUUUACUUAUACACAGAAUAGAAUGAUCAUAAAACUUAAAGCCUAGUCAGUAGUAUUAAAUUAUUCAUUUUCUUAGGAAAGCUUUAUUUAGCAGCCAACAGCUACAUUUUCAAAUGGCUAAGACUUUAAUUAAAAACAUAGGUGGGAAUCUAAUAACCAUGUAAUUAUCAUGAAGGGUAGCACGUGAGUAUCUGUGUGCGUGUUUGUAUGUGUUUGAAGAUGUUCCAUAAUAGCCUUUCUUUGUGAUAUUCCUGAAAAUUGUGAAGAAUGGUAAUAAUGGUACAUGUAUUAUUUGAAUGUAUUUUUAUAAUGACUGUGGGCAUCAAUACUGCUUAGUUUUGGCAACACCAAUUUCCAUGGACAAUUGUAAUAAUGUUAGGAAUAUUCUCUAAAAUUUUCUAUGGUAAUUGAUUUAAGAUCAGAUCAUAAAACAGGUUCUGCAGAGUAAACCAAUGUUUCUUAUAUCUUUCUUUAAACACUCAUAAAAUUUUGUUUGAGCUGGCCGCAUAACAGAAUUCUAUAUCAUGAAUCCAGUGCAAGAUGAAUUGUCUGUGUGACACACAAUUCCAGUGUACAGGCAGUCGUUGAUCUCUUACCAAUUGUAGUAAACCUUAGACUUGCAUGUUGAGCUAUAGUUGCCUCUUCCCUCUUUGAUAUGAAUCUCCCCUUCUUUUGCCAGCAUUAUCUUUGCUUUGAUUUUAUAUCUUCAGUAGCAGCAAUUGUGAUAAACACGAAAUAAAUUCCUUCUGAAUCAAAUUUGCAGCACUGAUUCUACCAGGUUUGCAACACUAAUUUAAAAUAAUAGUUUUGAUUACCAUUAAUUGUGGCCACAGCUAACAGCAGAUAAAGUAUUAAUCUUAUCAUUUCAGCCAAAGAACAGGAAUGCAGAAAUAGUAGUAAAAAAAAAGAGGUAAGAAUGUAGAACUUGGUCAUUCAACGCUUGGUCUUAUAAGUACUCUUACAUUCUGAAAUAGUUCUGGUGAAGUCACGCUGCAAACAUUGAAUACACUGUGCAAAAAGUGUACAGAGUUAUAUGUAAUCUAAUACUUGGAGGAAAUAUUUUACAGUAAAUGGGCUAGAAAAAAGCCCAGCAGUAGCAACAAAAGCAUCAAAGUGAUUACUCCCUGGGUUAUCAGGUGGAGCAAAGCAUAAAGCAUUGCUCACUUCAGAGUUUAGGAAGGGGUAGUAUUACAUUAUAUUCUAAAAUACCAAUCCCAGUACAAAAUUUCCCAUUCCCCUAUUUUAAAUUGAGAAUGAGAUUGAAAACCCACUUAUUUAAAAUCUGCAAAUUUGCACAUAAGGGCCUUUUAAAAACAAACAACAUUGAAUAAAAAAUUGCUUAAAUGCUUGGUGCAUUGCAUUUUAAAGAAUAAUUCACCACUGUUAUACUCCCACUGAGGUUAACGUAAGCCAGUAUAAAUUGCCAGUGAAAUUUGUCCCUAUUAAUAAAUAUGUUACAGUUCAAUCAGAUGGUGUGAUGUGAUUCUUGGCUUGAAGCAACAGAAAUUUUUGAUUUGUGAGAGGUGCAGUUCUUUAAAUGUCUUGAUAUUUUUGUCCAGAAUAUCUCUUUGCAACUUUAAAUAAAAUAUACUUUGUGCAAAAUGUAUGUUUUAUCUAUAUAAUGCUUAAAAUUAGUUAUAAGCUACUUUUUUUCUUAAGAGACCUUCUAUUAUGAAGUACAUUUAAUAUCAUUAAGUUAAUGAAAAGCAUUCCUUGCCCGAUGGAUGUAUACAUUUUUGGGAGAAUAGCAUAAUUAUAUACUGUAAUACAAAGUUAUGUAAAGUUUUUAUAUAAAAUAUUAUGAAGAAUGUUGUAUUCCAUGCUUUAAUCAGGUGGUAAAUAAAGUUUAACAUCAAACAUA